AUGGUUGCCACACCAGAAGAUCGGAUCAUUGAGGCACAAGGUAAAGACUCAUUCUUGCAAAAGAUCAAGAACGAGAUUGGUAUUGAUAAGAGAAAAGACUUUAGAAUAGCUUCGGAUAGGGCUUUGAUGUUUAAAGGAAGGAUUUGUGUACCUAUGGAUGAAGUUUUGAAGAAGGAGAUAUUAGAGGAGGCUCAUAUCACUCCAUAUAUUGCACAUCUUGAUGUUAAAGCAGAACAUCAAAGACCGGCAGGGUUGUUAAAUCCAUUGGAUAUACCAGAAUGGAAGUGGGAGAAUAUCACAAUGGACUUUGUGGUGGGAUUUUCGAGAUCAGUAGGAGGGCACAAUGCUAUAUGGGUAAUAGUGGACCGUCUAACGAAGUCCGCUCAUUUUCUUCCGGUGGAAAUGACAUUCAGUCUAGAUCAGUUGGCACGGUUGUACAUUAAAGAAAUCGUAAGAUUAAGAUGUAGAUCACCUGUUCAUCGGGAUGAAGUCGGAGAAAAGAGAGUUUUGGGACUAGAGAUCAUUGAAAGGACAGUCGAAGCCAUUGAUAAGAUUCGCACUAGGAUAAAGGCAGUGCAAGACAGACAAAAGAGCUAUGCAGAUAUCAGAGAAAAGGACUUGGAGUUUCAAGUUAGAGAUAAAGUCUUUUUAAAAGUGGCACCAAUAAAGGGUGUACUUAGAUUUGACAAGAAAGGAAAGCUACAACCUCAUUAUAUCGGACCUUUUGAAAUACUUGAUGGGAUCGAAAGUGUGGCUUAUCGAUUAGCUUUGCCGCCCGAACUAUCAUCAAUUCACAACCUAUUUCACAUAUCGAUGGUCAAGAAAUAUAUGCAUGAUCUUGAUCAAGUGGUCAAUUAUCAAUCCCCAGAUGUAUGUACAAAUUUAUCUUAUGAGGAUUACCGAUUAGAAUAUUGGAUCGAAGGGUAUAUAAAUUACGGAACAAGGAGAUUCAACCGGUCAAGGUGCAAUGGAAUAAUCAUGGAGUAG